UUUUGAUAUUUUAAGCCAAAUGUGAAAAGUUUUGUAAAAAAUAAAAGAAUUUUAAAAAGUAUAAAUAAGUUCUAAUAUUUUUUUGAAAUGAAUUUUCUGAAGCAAACAUUGUCGAUUUCAAGACAUUUAGCUUGUCAAGUAUAUAGCAAUACAUUUAAUAGCAAUUCAUCGAUAAUAACACGAUAUAUGGCAUCGUUACAACAAAUGCAUCGAACUGGACCACAUUUUAAAACAAGACCACCACGUCAGCCAUUGGACGGGAAACCAUUUGCUAAAGGAGUUAUUUUAAAAACAUUAAUUAAAAAACCUAAAAAACCGAAUUCCGCUAAUCGAAAAUGUGUUUUAGUACGUUUAUCAACCGGUAAAGAAAUGGUAGCUUAUAUUCCAGGUAUUGGACAUAAUUUACAAGAACAUAAUAUUGUUUUAACACGAGUAGGACGUUUACAAGAUGUUCCUGGCGUUAAAUUAAAAUGCGUACGUGGUGUAUAUGACUUACCUCAUGUUAUUAAAAAACAAAAGUAAUAAAACAUUGUAAAUUUGUCAAAUUAAAAUUUUAUUUUAAACCGAAAUUAUUAGCAAAAAAUAAAAAUGAAACUUUAAAUUGUUAAAA